AUUUCUCUCUUACUCUUGAACAGCUGAUUCUUUAUUUACCAUUAAAUUUUCGAUGGAAAACGCCACCGCCGAAGUCAAUUAGCAAGUUAAACACUUUAAUUUAUGUAAAAUCCACGACUAGACUAUGUUUGGAAGCCUUAAAAAGAAGCUGAGCAGUGCGAUUCAGGAGGGACUGGUGAUCUCCGAGAAUCUGCAACAGCAAUAUCGCCAGCGUGUCAGUUCUGGAAACUCGGGAAGUCAACAGUCGAGCACCGCCACCACUCCUACAUCACCAUUGGGCGGUCUCAACGAGAGUUUAUCCUCGAGCCGGAGCAGUAAUCUAUCUCUGAGUUCCCCAUUCCAACUGACAGAUGGAAUACCAACGCAUUUAAAUGUGGCUGCUGGUUGUGGCUUGCUGGCCAAAUACGAGGACGAUUGGCAGAAAAUCCAUGUGGCGAAUGAGGAGAAUGCGGAGAAGGCCACCGCCAUUGCCAAUCAGAUCUCUGGAGUGCAACAAAAGGCCAGCAACCAACGAAAGAUCAUCAGCGAGCUAAAUAGCAGUCUGGCGGGGAUUCCCAGCUUGAUAUCACAACUUAAGGCCAGCACGAAAACACUCCAAUCUUUAGAGGAGCUGGGCAACCAGUUGGAGGUGGAAUUGGAGAAGCUGGAGGAUCUCUGCGAGGAGUGUGAACUUCAGGAGUUUAUGCUGGAGCAGCAAUUCCAGCUAUCUCGUCACAAGCAGAAGAAACUCAACGAUUUGGAGCAGUACAGGCAGAAGAUAGCCACUCAGCACCAGACGAAAAUCCAGGACCAGGAACAAAAGUUACUAAAGAUGCAAAGGGAAAGACAGGCUGUGUUUGACGAUGCAUUUCGGAACGACAUGGAGGAGUACAAACAGCACGGCCAGCUGACGAAAAUUCAAACCACUGGAAAUUCCACCAAAUUGGAGGAGGUAGUCCUUGAGCCCACCGAGGUGGAGGCCCAGGACGCUUUGGAACAGUUCCUCAAUGGAUGACUGGCUUUGCCCCUUCUUAAAGACUCCAACCUGUGCCUUAAAGUGCAAUAUGCAGCGUAAUUUGUUAAAGAAUAAUAUUUUAAGGGAGAACCUUUAAUAUGUAGGGUUACAAAUACUCCUUUUUUACAUUCUAUUAAUAGAAAAAUAUUUUUUCAAUUUGUAAAAUAUUUAUAUAGUAAAGGAGUAUUGAAAGUUAUUACUAAAUGAGGGCUAAAUAAAAUAUUUAAUUUUGAUAAAUAUAUCUGAAAGUUUGUGGGUUUAGCCACUAAAUUCUAUUGAUAUGGCAACACUGUGGUUAACCUUUGACAGCCUGAUUUUUAUAAAAUUAUUCAAUUGUUUUUAAUAUAAUAUACUAUACUGUAUAAAUUAAAAGUUAAUUAUCUGUAAAAAUACUUUGUUUUUGUUACAUAAAAGGAAAUUUAAAUAAACAAAUUAAGCCAUCAUGAUUUCGAUUACGCGAUGGUAAGUAAGUGUGGCAACCAUGGAGACCACAACAACAGAAACUUGCGGACUAGAGCAUCAAUAAAAAGAAAACUUUUUCAUUCACGCAGUCUGUUAAGUCCGCGUUAUCACCAAUCAUACUCUUCGUCGUACUGCACUCUGCCCCCCAAGUUCCCGUAUCCCUUCCUUGAUUUUGAGCUUAUGGGCGCAGUUGGAUCCGCAGUGAGACCACAAAUAGUAGACAUGUCUUCCAAGCAGGCGAAAUUUGUCGAGAACACCAUUGCUAGCAACAAGGUUGUGAUAUUCAGCAAGACCUAUUGCCCCUACUGCACCAUGGCGAAGGA